AUGGCCGGCAACCUCUUCGGCCGCCUUGCCCCGUCCUCACGAGGCACCCGGUCGUUCUAUGAGGAGCUGCGCUCGCACGAUGAUGCCGACUUGGAAGAGGGGGCAGGCCUGAACGUCGACGAAGAAAACUUCCGGCAGCAGCUCAGCGGGUUCGAUGCCGAAGCCCUGGCAGCCGGCGACAGCCGCCUCACCGUUGACAGCGCCGCGGGGGGCGGUGGCCACUUGGGCAAGGCGACCAGACAGCAUCGAGGCCUUGGCGAAGUACCAACGCGGUGGCCCGUCCACGACGACGAACUGGACAGUGAUGUUCCGGCAUCCUUGUUGGUAGAGCCCAACGACGUCGACACAUUUCAUCCAGGCGGACAAAUGCCUGAAAACCGGCAGCCCCAGACACGGCCGCCCUACGGCAGUGGGAACCCCGGAAGUAGAUCGCAGCUGCAAUGGGACGAUGCGACGGCUCAGCAACGCCUCCAUCAAGAUGAACCCCGAGGGCCAUCGUCUAUGCCGCAACCGCGAUCUCUUAUGAGGGACACCGUCACGGGCGGACGACGAGAGAAGUCUCUUUGGAGAUGGGCCAAUACCUCGAGCCUCGACACCUUCAUACGAGACGUUUAUCAUUAUUACGAGGGUUGCGGCCUACUGUGCAUUCUGUGCUCGAACGCCUUGUGGCUCCUGGAGACGCUGUUCGUCGCCGUGUUACUGACGUUCCUGACCCAAUGUAUUGACUACACCAAGGUUCCUCAUAGCAAAUCCCUCAACCAAGUUGUCAUCAAGCAGUGCACAAGAAACAUGUCCGGCCUCUGGAGCUUCGGAAUCUGGCUUUACUCCUUCUUCUUCAUCUGGAAGUCUGUGCAGUACUUCUUCGAGAUCCGUCGGCUCAUCCAUAUCCGCGACUUUUACGUCUACCUACUUGAGAUUCCAGAGCAGGACAUGCAGACAGUGUCAUGGCAAGACAUUGUAGCCCGCAUCAUGACGCUGCGCGACCAGAAUCCAAAGACGGCCAUGAAUAUGCCCCAAAACCUGCGCCGCUUCAUCGGCAGCCAGUCCAAGGAAAGGUUGGAUGCUCACGACAUCGCGAACCGGUUGAUGCGCAAGGAGAACUACCUCAUCGCCAUGAUCAACAAAGAUGUCCUGAACCUUUCACUGCCGCUGCCGCUGCUGCGGGGCAGGCAGCUGUUCUCCAAGACCAUGGAGUGGUAUCUGCACUACGGUAUCAUCGACAUGGCGUUCAACGAGCUGGGACAGGUGCGACAAGAUUUCCUGCGGGCAGAUCGAAGGGGCAUACUCAGCCAAAAGUUGAAACAGCGGCUUUAUUUUGCUGGACUCCUGAACCUCGUCUUUGCGCCGGUAGUGCUCGCUUAUGUCAUCAUCGUCUACUUCUUCACCUACUACAACGAGUACCAAAAAGACCCCAAGCUGGCAGCGGCGCGCAAAUACACUGCGCUGGCCGAGUGGAAGUUUCGAGAAUUCAAUGAGCUACCGCACAUCUUCUACGAAAGGCUGCACAUGUCGUUCCCAUUCGCGACCCGAUAUAUUGACCAGUUCCCGAAACGAAUGACGGAGGAAAUUGCCCGCAGCAUCUCGUUCAUGUCUGGGGCAAUCACAGCGGUGCUCGCCGUCUGCACAGUCCUAGACUCGGAGCUCUUCCUCGGGUUUGAGAUCACCAAGGACCGAACAGUUCUCUUCUACCUCGGCGUCUUUGGAGGCAUCUGGGCGAUGACGCGCGGAAUGAUCUCUGAAGAGACGAGCGUCUUCAACCCAGAGUACGCGUUGCGAAACGUGAUCGAGUACACUCACUACAUGCCAGACCAUUGGAACGGGCGAUUGCACAGCUUCGAGGUUAAAAAGGAAUUUUCCGAGCUGUACAAGAUGAAGGUGCUCAUAUUCCUGGAGGAAGUCAUGGGAAUCAUCACCACGCCGAUGCUGCUGCUCUUCUCGCUGCCCAAGUGCAGUGAGCAGAUUGUCGACUUCUUCCGAGAAUUCACCAUUCACGUCGAUGGGCUGGGAUACGUUUGUUCGUUUGCCGUGUUUGACUUCAAAAAAGGGAUCGGCAGGGCUGCGCAGCAGGGGAGAGACCAUGACGUUCGCGAAGACUACUACUCGACCAAGCACGGUAAGAUGGCUGCCUCAUAUUACGGCUUCUUGGACAACUACGUCAUCAACCCCAAGACGGGAAUCCCGGGGCAUAUGCCGCCUGGGGUGCGGCAACAGUUCCAUCCGCCACCGGCAUUCCCGAGCCUGAACUCACCGACGCUGGCCGCAGACAUGCAGGGCUCCCACAUCAUUGAAGAGGCGGCGGAGGACCGGGCUAGCGAGGAGCUGGACGGGCACGAGGUUGGGGGCAUACUUGGAGAGUCUACAUGGGAAACCUCGCCCGGGCAGGAUCUGAGCCGCGAAAAUAGCGCAGCCAACGCCGAGGAGCCCGAGGCGGGCGUUUUAGGGCUGAUAUACCAGCUGCGGCAGACGCAACACAGCAGGCGAGGCGGUGUCGUUUAG